AUGGAAGCCUUUCAUCCCUCUCUAGCAUUUCCUUUCUCAUACAUCUUUAGCACUGCUACUAGCGCUGGACCUAGUGCUUCUCUUGCUAACACCAUAUCAAGUGAUCCAUGGAUGGACCCUAGAAUAUGGAGUAGACUCCCACGCCAGCUUCUUGAACGCGUUAUCGCCUUUCUUCCACCGCCUGCCUUCUUUCGAGCUCGGUGUGUCUGUAAGAGAUGGUAUGGUCUCUUGUUCACCAAUGCCUUCCUCGAGUUGUACAUCCAGCUCACUCAUCGCCAGCGCCAUUGGUUCCUCUUCUUCAAGCAAAAGAGCCCCAAGAACAGCUACAUUUACAGGAAUGGAGGGAACAGUAGUAACACUGCUAACAUUUGUGAAGGGUACCUCUUUGACCCUUAUGAGCUUGCAUGGUACCGCCUCUCUUUUCCUCUUGUUCCGUCUGGGUUCUCUCCAUGUGCUUCUUCAGGUGGUUUGAUCUGUUGGGUUUCUGAAGAGGCUGGUCCAAAGAGUCUCAUUCUCUCCAACCCAAUUGUUGGUUCUUUGACCCAAUUACCUCCAACUCUGAGGUCAAGGCUCUGCCCUUCCAUAGGCCUAAGUGUCACCCCUACAUCGAUUGAUGUCACUGUUGCUGGAGAUGACAUGAUCUCUCCAUAUGCUGUGAAGAACUUGACUUCUGAAAGCUUCCAUAUAGAUGGUGGUGGGUUUUUCUCACUGUGGGGAAUCAACUCUUCUCUGCCAAGGCUUUGUAGUUUUGAGUCAGGAAGAAUGGUUCAUCUUCAUGGAAGACUCUACUCCAUGAACUACAGCCCUUUCAGUGUCUUGGCCUAUGAUGUGGCAGCAAACAAUUGGUGGAAGAUUCAGGCUCCCAUGAGAAGGUUUCUGAGGUUUCCAAGCUUGGUGGAGAGCAGUGGAAAGCUGCUGUUGGUUGCUGCUGUUGAGAAGAGCAGGCUGAAUGUGCCUAAAAGCUUGAGGAUUUGGGGAUUGCAGUCUUGUGGAACAACUUGGUUUGAGAUGGAGAGAAUGCCACAGCAGCUUUAUGUUCAGUUUGCAGCGAUCGAAAACGGAAACGGGUUCCAUUGUGUUGGCCAUGGAGAGUUCAUUAUUAUCAUGAUUCCGGGUUCCGGUAAGGCUUUACUGUUUGACAUGUGCAGGAAACUGUGGCAAUGGGUUCCUCCAUGCCCUUAUGUUCAAUAUGGUGGUGGGGGUGAUGGUGAUUUGCAUGGUUUUGCGUAUGAACCAAGACUUGCUACACCAGUCACUGUGCUUCUGGAUCAGUUGACUAAUCCAUUCCAGUCUUUUAGUGUGGUUAACUAG